AUGCUGGCGUGGCAGGAUGGCGGGGCCAAGCCGGCUCCCUCCCACCACAAGAUCUCCUUCUCGGUGCUGGACAUCCUGGACCCGCAGAAAUUCACCCGCGCUGCGCUCCCGGCCGUGCGUCUCGCUCCCCGGGAAGCCAAGAAAAGUUUGGCGGAGGUCGAAGCGGGGAAGGACGCCAGCCCCGGGGACCCGGUCCGACAGCGGGAGACCCCUGAUGCUGUGGCCCGAGACGCCGGCCAGGUGUCCCCCCUGGAGGGCUCGGAGGCGGAAGACGAAGAGGAGGAGGACGCGGAGCACCCGCCGGGCCCCGGCGCUCUGCCUUUCCAGACUUUCCCCUCCUACUCGGCGGCCAACGUCCUUUUCCCGGCUGCCGCCUCCUUCCCGCUGACGGCCCGCGUCGCCCCCGGGAGCCCCUUCGCGCCCUUCCUCGGGUCCUCCUACUUGACCCCUUUCUACGCCCCGCACCUAUGA